UCUUAUGUUUUUGUUUUGGUUUUGGUUUUUGUUUUUGUUCUCUCUUCUUGUUAUUAUUAUCAGUAAUCCUGUUAGGUACCCUGUCCCAUUGUUUUUUGUUUUUUAACUCGCAAUUCCCAUUUGGGGAUGUGACUUUUGUUGACAAAGAUUUAAGCUUUUUUGGUGUAGUUAGUUUCUUUUUUAAUGUUUAUCUCAUUUUGUGUAAUCAUCAUUGCUCUAUUCUCCUUGUUAGAGAGAACUCUAGGUGUCUUCUAUUGAAGGCCUUUUCUUUCUUUAUUUCUUCCGCUUUGAGUUCAAUGGAGACAGUUUAUGGUGAGGAACAGAUGAAGUGCAGCAACAAAAUAGACCUGACAUUGAAGCUGUCACCUUGUGGUGAUGAGAAAGAAGAAGAGAGGAGGAGGAAGCUGAAGAGGUCAUUAUCAGUGAUGAAUGAUGGAAGCAUCACAUUUCUGCCAUGUCUGAACAGAUCAAGCUCUUUGCCAUCAGAGGCUGAGGAUGGCAAUGGCAAGAGAAUGCUGCAUGAAAGGCUUAGGAGGAUUGCUGUGGCUGUCAAUGGUGCCAACUUCUUUCAAGUCAAGUCACUUUUAAAUCCUUCCGGGAAUUCAAACCAUAUGCAGGAUGCACAUAAGGCACAAUCAAGCUCAGCUAAAGGACCCAACCUCAACAACAAUGCAUCAACCACGAAAAGAAAUGAUUCCAUGGCUUCCAAGAAAACAACAAACAUCAAUGCAAAGGCGGUCGACCUCAUCGACCUCAACACCAAAGCAUCAACCACAGAGCAAAACAAUUCCUUGGCUUACAAGAAAACAACCAUCACCGAUGCAAAGGAGGCGGAAGGCCUUGACCUCGACACCAAUGCAUCAACCACGAAGAAAAAUGAUUGCCUGACUUCCAAGAAAACAAUAAACACAGAUUCAAAGGAGAAGAUUCCAGACAAGAGAUUCAAGCUAGGGAACUACUGCAGCCUGAAAGGGGAUGUGAUGGAGAUCCUUAGGCAGAUACCGAGUGUGACGACGACAGGAGACGGCCCUAACGGGAGAAGAGUAGAAGGGUUUCUAUAUAAGUACAGGAAUCGCCAAGCUUGCAUUGUGUGUGUUUGCCAUGGUAACUUCCUCACUCCAGCAGAGUUCGUUAUGCAUGCUGGUGGCAAGGAAGUGGAAAACCCAAUGAAGCAAAUCACUGUUUAUUUCAGUCCAUUCUAGAGGUAAUCAAGUUGGAUUCAUAACUAUGAAUCUUAGAUUAGUAUGUAGAGGGAGAGUGGAAAUUGUCAAUCAAAACUAUCUUUUAUUAGUUUAACUUCCAUAAUUAGUCAUGGUUUUAAAAUUAAAAAAAAAAAUCGCCACCCCAUAAUUCUAUGCAUAGAUCAAUCAUAUCCGAAUGCCACCAAAUUCACCUAGUUUAAGGAGGUUCAAAAAGAGAGAGAGUAACAACAAUCUGUACCCUAUCAGAAUAGAUUAAUUUGUUUAAUUUGUUUAACAUCGGUGGUUAAGAAUGAGCACAAUAUUUAUUGUUUUUAGUCAAUAAUAUUUAAAAGUGUUAGACUAUUCGAUUAAAUGUGUUGCACUAUUGGUUUUAAAGUGAUGGCUAAUACAACUUAAAAUUGUUCACCCUUAAAUUUUUCUCUAAUACUAAUAUCACUUUGAUCUAA